AUGGCCAAAUCCUCCUCCCAAAAGUCUUCGGGCUGCUGCUUCUUCUCUAUCAAGAAGCUCAGCAUCCUCGCUAUCUUCCUAGCUAUUUUCUCCGCCGUCUACAGCUACUACGACGCGCGCCUGGAACAGUUCUACAUUUUCGACCCAGAACACCUGCACGAUCUCUCACAACGCGCUAUCCAGGCCCAUGGCGAGGACACCCGCUCUAUCGUCAACUUCAUUGUUGCCGAGCUGGAGGAGAAGGUUGGCCCUAACCACCUGAGCACACAGGAAGAAUGGGUCUUCAACAAUGCCGGCGGUGCCAUGGGUGCCAUGUACAUCAUCCACGCCAGUAUCACUGAGUAUCUGAUCAUCUUUGGUACCGCUAUCGGCACCGAGGGUCACACUGGCCGCCACACCGCAGACGACUACUUCAACAUCCUCUCCGGCACACAAUUAGCCUACGUCCCUGGCUCUUUCGAGCCGGAGGUUUACCCCCCUGGCUCCGUCCACCACCUGCAGCGCGGCCAGGUCAAGCAGUACAAGAUGGACUCGUCCUGCUUCGCACUUGAGUACGCCCGUGGCUGGAUCCCUCCCAUGCUGUUCUUCGGCUAUGCCGAUACCUUGUCCAGCACCCUGGACUUCCCUACACUGUGGGCUACCUCGCGCCUCACCGCUGUUGAGAUGAUCUCCAACUUGCUCAAGGGCAAGAUCUGA